UUCUUACAAAAAAAGCCUCCUUUUCCGUUUCCCUGCGAGUUGCUUUGUCUCAUUCCCUCAGCUACUCCCAUCACCACCACACUAUCUUUUCCCUCUUUACCCUCUUCUUUUCCCUUCUCUCUUCUUAUUCACAUAUUCGCAUUCAAAAAAUUCAGACACUUCAAUCCAAUGCACCACAACAUCCCGCAAAAAUCUCACUUUACUUUCCCUUCUCUGUAGAUCUGAACCACCCGGGAUCUCAAAAAAACCGCAUUUUGAUAUCUGGGUCUUGCCGUUUGCUCCAUUUGGGUACUCCCUAACGCAUUUUUUUUUUGCCGGGUUUUUGGUUGCUGGGAGAGGAAGAUGGGGUCCAGUGGCAGCAAAGCCAGGUCAUCGUCGUCGUCUUCGGGGAGUUUCAGGAAGGGUCGAUCUAAGGGGCACAGAGGUUUCCCAUCUUAUUGUCUGGGAACGUCGUCUGGAUCUCGUGACAUUGAUAGUGACGACCAGGUUUGUGAUCAGAAUAAAGUAAAUGGAGAUGAUGUGACAUACACCAGUGGCAAUGAAAUAGACUCAGAUGAAGGGAAGACAGAGUCUUUUAGAAAGGUGAAACCUGGUAAAUCUGAUGAAGUGCCUUCUAACGUUGACCUUGAAGAGUGGCGUCACAGUGCAUCCAGAACUGGUAGCAGCUCUGCACAUUCUUCUUCAAACCACUCCUUGAACCCCUCAAGUCGGUUCCUGUCUCGCUUUAGCCUUGUUCCUGGUAAUAUAAGCUUUAGACUUAGCAGAACCACAAGUUUGGGGUCAUCUAGGCCUUGCCCUGUUUCUUCAACAAAUCUCUCAAUAUUUAAUGAUGAAGAUGAGCUUAGUCUGCAUCCAAGGCCACCUGGCAGCUUGAUUACUAGAAAUGAAACUCAGCACCGUAAUGAUUUGCUCAAUGCAUCUUUUGUUAGUCAAGUGCCUAUGCAGUGUCAUGAAGAAGCUUCUAAUAAUUUGCGUCCUAAUGCCCCAGCAUUGGUUUCACCUGGUAAUUUGGCUAGUAAUCGCCCAGUUUCUUCUGUCCAGGAUGUGGGUAGAGAUGGAAAUGGUGCAAGAGAAGUGCCUGAUGUCAACAUCUUUUCUCCAAGAAUUCAUACUGAUACAGAAAAUAUUGAGACUAGACAUACUGAUAGGCGAAAUGGAGCUCGAGAACCUGUUGAACGUAAUGUUCGUUUUAGCCGAACUUUAAGUGUUGGAAGGCUCCGUGACAGAGUUCUCCGCCGAUCAACAUUGUCAGACUUCACCUUUUGCCCUAUGCAACGAGAGAGAGAAGUAAGAGAUGCUGGCCAAGAGAAUGGAAGACGAGUAGGGGAUAGAGAAGCAAGAGUGUCACCAACUGGUCGUAAUGCUUCAAAUUCUUCUACACCUAGAUAUCCUUUACCAAGUACACCUAGCUCCUUGUUUGGCAUCCAAGACUAUGAAGUUGAGACUUCACGUUCUAGAGAAACUAGGUAUCAGGAUCUGCUGGAACAUAGGUCCAAUUUCCUGGAACGGAGAAGGAGAAUUCGGUCCCAGGUCCGUGCUCUUCAGCGGUUGGGUAGCCGGUUUGAAAAUCUUUCUGGACAUGACAGAUCAUGUAUCUUGUCUGGUCAACAUAGAAACGGUCGUUGUGCAUGCAGAACAAAUACUCGGGAUACCAAUUCAAAUGAUGAUACCAAUGCUAGAGCCAGCAUAUCAAGAAUUGUUAUGCUAGCUGAAGCCUUAUUUGAAGUUCUGGAUGAAAUUCACCAGCAAUCUGUGGUUUUAUCUUCUCGUCCUUCUGUGUCAUCUAUCGGUUCCAUUCCUGCACCUAAUGAAGUUGUGGAAUCCUUGCCUGUCAAAUUAUACACAAAGUUGCACAAACAUCAAGAAGAACCUGUACAAUGUUAUAUAUGCCUUGUGGAGUAUGAAGAUGGAGACAGCAUGAGAGUUCUGCCUUGUCAUCAUGAAUUUCAUACAACAUGUAUAGACAAGUGGCUGAAGGAGAUUCAUAGGGUGUGCCCGCUAUGUCGAGGGGAUAUCUGCGUAUCUGAUUCACUGCCAAGGGAGAACUAAGGUGGCCAAUUUUUGAUCAACAUCUUCUCUGAGAUAUAAUCAUUGCUCCUUUGAUCAUUGAUUGCACAUAAGCUGAUGUGACACCAUCAGAAGAAGCACUCUAAUUGUUGUCAAUGAUUAUUUACUACAAUUUCUGAAUAAACAAAUCAGACCAUGGUAGAAAUAGACUGAACUAUUGGCUCACCACCCUGUAUUGCCAGGUGAAGCAAAUGCCAAAAAGGAGGGCAGUGGUGUAUUGUUUAAUGGAAAUUCUUUUCCAUUAUGUUUCAGAAAAAAAAGGUUCUCUUAUGAUAUAUCCGACAUCCUUUGUUUUGCCCCACUUGUUAAACAAAAUUUGGGGAAAAAAGCAUAUGUCAAAUGAGCACUUUUGGUCAUGAAACUGCAGAUGAACACAGCAUCUUUGACUGAAUCAUUCUCUUUCUCUGUAGACCAGUCAACCAAGUGGCUGCAAAACCAGAAGCAGUGGUGCAUGCGUGUGAUGAUAUCCCUUUUUCACUUUUCAGAGGAAAAAGGGAAAGAAGCAUUUGAAUUGCCGUGUAAACUGGGGGAGACAAGUGGUAGUUGUCUCCUAACAGACCUGAAACACCACCGUCUACAUUUUUUUGUUGUACAAUUUGUUCUGUCCCUGUUCUUCCAAUGCAUGAUCAUGAUGCAGGGUGGCUAAAGUAUCAUUUCAUUGAAAUUUAGAUCACUCACUUAUCUUGAUUUAUCUGUCAAAUUUUUAAUAUUUUCU